AUGCCGCCGUUCCGUCUACCGCCGGGGUUCCGGUUCCACCCGACGGACGAGGAGCUGCUGGGGUACUACCUGCAGCGGAAGGUGGAGAACCGCCUUGUGGACGACGGGCUCAUCGUGGAGGUCGACAUUCUCAAGUGCGAGCCGUGGGACCUGCCCAGCCAGUCGUGCCUCGAGGCCGGCGAGUGGUACUUCUUCUGCGCGCGCGACAAGAAAUACCCGCACGGCUCGCGCGCCAAUCGCGCCACGGCGAAGGGGUACUGGAAGUCGACCGGCAAGGACAAGCCCGUGCGCAGCUCGCGCACGUCGCGACAAAUCGGGAUCAAGAAGACGCUCGUGUUCUACCUUGGGAGGGCGCCACGUGGCGAGCGGACGGACUGGGUGAUGCACGAAUAUCGGCUGGAGCCCGAAUCGCGGUCGCGCGGCGGCCCCGCGGCGGACUACGUGCUGUGCCGCGUGUUCAACAAGAGCGCCGGUGCCGCGGAAACCGCGUUGCCCAUGGAUCAAGACGACGGGCAGCCCACUGCGAGCGAGCCGCCGUGGGAGACGGGAGGAGGCGGAGGAGGAGGUAAUACUCCGGGUGGUGUGUCGCCGUCGGGUGCGGGUGGUGCGGGUGGAGGGGGACAGCUCGUAAAACUUGGGGGGAACGGAGCUGCGGGAGGCGCGGAGGAAGCGGGCGCGAGCGACGUGGAGUCGGAGGGCGCGCUGACUACCACCACCGACCUUCAUCCGUUCUUCCGGGAACCUUCCGCCCGCAGCGACGGCACGAACGGCUUCUCCGUCGUUCCCGAGUCCCUUCCCGCUCCUGCCGCCGCUUACCCGUCCGUGCCCGCUUUCCCCGCCGCUGACGCUUCAUUCGUCUCCCCGGGAACGUUCGAGCCGCCGUCGCAGGAGCCGGGAUUUCCGGAUUUCCCGUUCGAGCUGCCGCCCGUUGCGGAGCUGGGGCACAUGGAGGGCGGCGCGGAGAAUCUGAUGGACAUUCUUGGACUGGAGGAGGUCGAUCUCGUGCCCGUCGACCCUGCCACCGCGCCACUUGUGCCCCUCGCCGCGCCGGAUGUGUCUGCGACUGCGAGCGGGAUUGCGGGGAGCGGAGCGGCGCGGCAGGAGGCGGAGAGCGAAGUGGAUGUGGACGGAUUGUUGGAGAACAUUCAUUGGCAAGCCGUGCCUGCAGCGGGCGCUGCGGCGGUGGGCCACAUGGAGGAGCAUGGGGUCGCUCACGUGGCGGAAGCGGAGGAGUGGAAUAUACCGAUGGAGGGCGGUGAGGAGUGGUUGGGCGAGCAGCUGCCGGCGUUGAAUCUCCCCGAAGGCAUCUCCAUCGACGACUUCCUCGAAGACGCAUUCGUCGCCGACGACCUCUACGAAAACCACGCCGCUCUUCCCGCCGCUCCUGCCGUUCUCGCUGCACCGGGUGCGCCUGGUACGCGUGCGAUGGCGGCGCCUGGUGGUUUCGCACCUGCUGCCCUUGCUGGCGCUCCCAGUGCGGCAUCGCGAGCGGCACUCAGAGCAGUGGCUCCCGCGCCUCUGCGAUCAGCGCGCCCAGCCGGCGCAGCCACCAUCGCAGCGGCCGCCGCAGCGCUGGCGAAGGCCAAAUCAGCACAGGGGGCCGCCGCCGCAGCAGCAGCAGGGGGAGGCUUGGCACCGCUCGCUACCGCUUCCAAUUCUGGUCUCGUUCCCAUGGGCGCCACCGCCACGAGAGCACUGGUGCGGCCGAGGUCGCGGCCUGUGCGCGCCGCUGGCGCCGUCAUGCCGGCCGCCGGCGCAUCAGUGGCGGGACGGCGCGUGCGCAUGCAGGUCUUCAACCCGCCGCAGCUGGCGGCUGGUGGCGGAGCGCGGCUGGCGAGCAGCGGCAGCCGCAGUGGCGCGCCGUCGUUGAAUCUGGACGCGCGUCCAACUCCUCACGCGCACAUGCACGCGCGUCUUGCCCAGGCCGAUGGAAGUGUGAAUGAUGAGGACUGUCUCAUAGGUGCUCAAGAGUGGUCUAGGGGGAUGGAUCAGCAUGAGGGCAUGGUAGCAGCAACACCCGUAGCAGCGUUUGAUGGGCGGGGUUUGGAUUCACGCAUGGAGCUCAGCGCCGUUGCAGACGUCACAAUGCAUUUCGGCGUGGAGGACGUGGAAGGACACGGGGCUCGCAUGACACACCACCCCGCGCACGCCCGCACACAUGCUGGUGUGGGUGAUUAUGCUCCUGCUGCUGGCGCCGCUGCUGGCGCCGGUGGUGCUGCUGCUGCGGCAGACGGUGCGUUUGGUGGUGCUGCUGGGCCGGCAGGUGCGCUGUGGGUGGUGGGGCAAGAGGAGGAAGGAGUACGGAUAUUGCCCGUACCACAGGGCGGUGCGGCAGAAGGCGGUGCAAGAGAAGGUGGUGCCGUAGGGAUAGCGGCUGCUGAGCCCGUUAGACUGCAUGCGCAUGUGCUUGAAGCGCUUGCGUUACAGCCACACCCGUUACAGGAGCGCGGAGGGCACACGGAGAUGGAAGGGGGGGCGGAGUUGGCAGGGCUGGACGAUCUGAUGUUGGCUGGUGGCGCCGCUGGUGGCGCCGCUGCUCUCGCUGCUGCCCCUGCCGCCCCUCCUCCGCCUGCCGCCCUUGCGGCCCCUCCCGCUGCCCUUGCUGUCCCUGCAGGUGCAGCUGGUGUUCCUAUAGCGGAUGUUCCUCUAGCGGUCGAGCCUUUAGCUGGUGUUCCUAUAGCUCAUCACGUGUUAGAGCCCCCUGUUCCUGGUGCUCCUGCCAGGGCUGUUGCCGCCCUGCCUCUCGCGGCACCAGUUCCACCUGCGCCCGCUGGGCCGCAUCUAGCCCCUCCCGCCGUCCCUGCUGCACAAGGAGCCGCUCCUGCUGCUGCGCCUGCAGCUCCUGCCUUACCUGCCGUAGCGGGAGGGGUGCUUCCGGCGCCUGCUGCUGCAGCAGCAGCGGCAGCGGAGGCGGGGGCAGGCGGAGCAGCAGCGGGUGCCGUGAUGCUUGGGGCGGCAGCAGGGCGUGCGGUGGUGGAAGAUGGAGGUGCGGCGGCUCUCGCCGUGCAGCGCGAUCCAGGAAUGCUGGAGCGCGGAGGAGGGGAGGAGCGAGGAGGAGUAGAGGGGCAUGGAGGGGAGGGAGGCAUGGAGGGUGAGGUGAUGGCUGGUCAUGGCGCUGGCGAGAGGGUUGGCGGCGGCUACAUCGAGGGAGGUGCAGGGGUGGUCGCUCUGGGAGAUAGGGAGAUGUUGCACGCGCAGGGAGGUGGUGGUGUGGCACGUGUGGUACAGAUAGAGCAGGCAAGACAGCAGCCUCUGCAGCAGGCGAGGCUGCAAGUGGCACGAGGUGGUGACGUGGCUGGCCGCCAUGAGGCUGAGCUGCACGAUCCACUGCAUGAGGAGAGGCGUGAGGAGAGGAACGGGGAGAGGCAGGAGGAGAGGCAUGGGGAGAGGGGAGAGGCAGAUGUGAGGAGAGGCAGGGCAGGGCGGGUUAGGGGCAGUGAAACCCCGAUGGAGGCGGAGGGGCCAGCAGGCCCCACUGCAGCAACUCCAUCCCAGAUGAUGCCGACACACAGUGUGCUGCCGGGCGGCAGCGCUUUUAGGAGUUCAGAUAUUGCUCAAUCCGACGACGCUUCUGUAGCACAGGCGGAGAAACUCUCAACAGCAGCAGCAGGCGUGUCAGCAGCUGCUGUAAAAUCGCUGGUCGUUGCAGUGCCUGCUGCAACAGCCAGUGCUGUUUCGUCAGACUGCCUAAGUGCAGUGGAUGCAGUAGGCGAUGUGGUUGGUGAAGUAGAUUCAGUUGCUCAGCUCUCAGUGCAUCCUUUGGCACCAGAGAGGCAGGACGAGAUUGGGGACCAGCGGUGUGUGUGCGCGCGCACCCGUCCCAUAGCAGACCUCAUUGCAGAGUCCAAGAAGACACGUGGGCAGCGCCACCUUUGGAAGCAGUACCUGCCUGCUAGGCGCUCCGUCAACCUCGGAGCUGCUGCUCCCACACCAGCAGCGGCACCAGCAGCAGCAGCAGCAGCAGCAGCGACAGCAGCAGCAAGAGCAGCAGGGGUAGGGGCAGGUGGAGAGGCGGAGGGUGCUCCAGCCAGAGCAGGAGCAGACUCAGCCGCCCCUGUCCUCCACCCCGUGAAGCCCCGUGGACAGGCAGGGCCAGCAGGGCCAGCGGCAGUGAUUUCCAAGGGAGUGCGCGUGGGGGGAGGCAGGCCGGUGCACUCGCUGUCACGAGGAGUGGCAGGUGGGGGAGGGUUGAGGCCGCCUGGGGGCCUGCGACCCGCUCCGCGGUACCUGAGCGGUGUGCUGCAGCUGCUCUCCGCCCUCCCUGCUCGCCCUGCCCAUGCCGCUGAGCUGGCUGCAGGUAGAGGGGCGGGUGGUGGGUUGCAGGGUGAGGGGGCUGCGGGGGAAAAGGGCGGUGGGGUGGAGAAGCAGGUGGAGGUAGAGGAGUGGAGCGAGGAGGACGAGGAAGAGGAGGUGUUUGAGUCGCGCUGGUGGGUUGAUUCUGAAGGGAGAGUGGUGCAGAAAGACAGGCUGCUGGGGGUUAGUGGGAGGGGAUGGAGGAGUGGGAGGGGAGCCUUAGAGAUGGAGGAGUGGGAGGUUGAGACAGAAGAGGUGGAAACAGAGGAGAUUGAAUCAGAGGACGCUGAUGUAUUGUCGUCUGUGGUGACUGAUGAGGACACUGCAGACCCUGACUUGCAGGACACUGCCAGCAGCGCAGGGUCAGGGGGGUCCGGUGGAAGCAGGGAAUUGGAUAAGAAUGUGGGAAACAAUGAGGGGAGGAGUCAUGGGAGGACGAGCAGCAGCAGGGUGGUUCGGCGGCACAGAGUGACAGUUGCCACGGGGUGGGUCGAGCGGCCGCACCAGCCGCACGAUUCUGCAUCUCCGAUUGCUAAAAAAAAAAACGCGGCCAGGGCCAAAGGCUAUGGCCUAAUGAAGGGCGGGGAGUUGAGUGGCGGUGUGGGCACCAAUGGGCGGCUGAAAGAGCUGGAGGGGCUGGAGGAGCUGUCUCCCUGGAUGCUGCUUGCUCUGCUGCUGCGCCCGCUGGUGGUGGCUGUGAGGCGAUGGCUGCAUGAGCAGAGGCUGCUGCUGUGGGUGGCCUUGGCGCUGUGCUGUGUUGCUGUGGGUGUGCUCUUGGCGCCUGCGUGUCAUGUUUUGCCUCGCUUCGUGGCCACUUCAGUUGAAGAUUAG